UUUGAAGACAUCGGCUAUCCAAAGUUUUUUUUUGUGACUUUGAAUUGAAUUGAAUUUUUUUUUCCCUUUAAAUAUCUUGCUGGGUUCAGGCCUUUUGUGUUCUCUCCUACAACAAAAGCUAAUUAAAAUGGGUAAAGAGAAGACUCACGUUAACGUCGUCGUUAUUGGUCACGUCGAUUCUGGUAAGUCUACCACCACUGGUCACUUGAUCUACAAGUGUGGUGGUAUUGACAAGCGUACUAUCGAAAAGUUCGAGAAGGAAGCUGCUGAACUCGGUAAGGGUUCUUUCAAGUAUGCCUGGGUCCUCGAUAAGCUCAAGGCUGAACGUGAGCGUGGUAUUACCAUUGAUAUUGCUCUCUGGAAGUUCGAGACCCCCAAGUAUAACGUCACUGUUAUUGAUGCUCCUGGUCAUCGUGAUUUCAUCAAGAACAUGAUUACUGGUACCUCUCAAGCUGAUUGUGCUAUUCUUAUCAUUGCCGGUGGUACUGGUGAGUUCGAAGCUGGUAUUUCCAAGGAUGGUCAAACCCGUGAGCACGCCCUUCUUGCCUUCACCUUGGGUGUCCGUCAAUUGAUUGUUGCUAUUAACAAGAUGGAUACCACCAAGUGGUCCGAAGCCCGUUACAACGAAAUUGUCAAGGAAGUCUCUUCUUUCAUCAAGAAGAUUGGUUUCAACCCCAAGUCUGUUCCUUUCGUUCCCAUUUCCGGAUGGCACGGUGAUAACAUGUUGGAGGAAUCUGUCAACAUGGGUUGGUUCAAGGGAUGGAACAAGGAGACCAAGGCUGGUUCCAAGACUGGUAAGACUCUUCUUGAAGCUAUUGAUGCUAUUGAUCCCCCUAGCCGUCCUUCCGACAAGCCUCUCCGUCUUCCCCUCCAAGAUGUUUACAAGAUUGGUGGUAUUGGUACAGUGCCCGUUGGUCGUGUCGAGACCGGUACUAUCAAGGCUGGUAUGGUCGUUAACUUCGCCCCUGCUGCUGUCACCACUGAAGUCAAGUCCGUUGAAAUGCAUCACGAAACUUUGACUGAAGGUCUUCCCGGAGAUAACGUUGGUUUCAACGUCAAGAACGUUUCCGUCAAGGAUAUCCGUCGUGGUAACGUCUGUUCCGAUUCCAAGAACGACCCCGCUAAGGAAGCCGGUUCUUUCCUCGCUCAAGUUAUUAUCUUGAACCAUCCCGGUCAAAUCUCCAACGGUUACUCUCCCGUUCUCGAUUGUCACACCGCUCAUAUUGCUUGUAAGUUCUCUGAACUCGUCGAGAAGAUUGAUCGUCGUUCUGGUAAGAAGAUGGAAGAUGCCCCUAAGGAAAGUAUCAUUAUAACAGUAUAAACAACAUGAUUCUAACCGUUUUUCAUUUAAAUAGUUCGUCAAGUCUGGUGAUUCCGCUAUUGUCAAGAUGAUUCCUUCCAAGCCUAUGUGUGUCGAAGCCUAUACUGACUACCCUCCCCUCGGUCGUUUCGCUGUCCGUGAUAUGCGUCAAACCGUUGCUGUUGGUGUUAUCAAGUCUGUUGAGAAGGUUGAGAAGACCGGUAAGGUCACCAAGGCCGCUGUCAAGGCUGGUAAGAAGUAAAUUGCUUUUUCAGCACUUUCUUCUUUAAAAGUUUAAUUCACUUUUGUUAAUAAAUAUAAAUACAUUUAUAAGAUAUAUUUUUCAUAUUUAAAC